GUGCAGAGUGCAUUACUCUUGCUGAGAGAAAGCUCAAUCUUCAGUAGCUGUAUUUGAUUUUCAGUUUGACGGAGUGCUGGGGACUUAAUGCUGUCCUUACGUGCUUGGAUUUUCACCUACGAGGGCAUCUGUAGGAGGAGUGGGUGAUUUUCCAUGGGCAGGAGUCAGAGGAUAGGCUGGACCAUUGCUUUGUCCGCCCCUAACAGAACCUGCUCUAGAGAUGAUUUGUGGCUAAGGGUGCAGUUCACUUAAACUUCCGGAGAGAGAACACAUCUUCAGUUAUCAUAGUCCACGACCUCCCAGCAGUGUGAGGACUUAUUCACUCAUAUCUCUUUAAUUCCCCGCAUAAAAAUUAUUUAAACACUGCACACAACGUUUCACAAAAUCUUUUGUGAAGGAAGAAAAGGAAAUUCCGUUUGUGGGUCUCAGCAGGAGUUAAGCUAAUGCAGCUUAAAAUAAUGCCGAAAAAGAAGCGCUUAUCUGCAGGCAGAGUGCCCCUGAUUCUCUUCCUGUGCCAGAUGAUUAGUGCACUGGAAGUACCUCUUGAUCCAAAACUUCUUGAAGACUUGCUCCAACCUCCAACCAUCACUCAACAAUCUCCAAAAGAUUAUAUUAUUGACCCUCGGGAGAAUAUUGUAAUCCAGUGUGAGGCCAAAGGGAAACCUCCUCCAAGCUUUUCCUGGACCCGUAAUGGGACGCAUUUUGACAUAGAUAAAGACCCUCUAGUCACCAUGAAGCCUGGCUCAGGGACGCUCAUAAUCAACAUCAUGAGCGAGGGGAAAGCUGAGACGUACGAAGGAGUCUAUCAGUGCACAGCGAGGAACGAACGCGGAGCUGCAAUUUCUAAUAACAUUGUCGUCCGCCCGUCCAGGUCACCAUUGUGGACCAAAGAAAAACUUGAACCAAUAAUACUUCGAAAUGGUCAAUCUUUAGUACUUCCCUGUAGACCCCCAGUUGGAUUACCACCACCUAUAAUAUUUUGGAUGGAUAAUUCCUUUCAAAGACUUCCACAGAGUGAGAGGGUUUCUCAAGGUCUGAAUGGGGACCUUUAUUUUUCCAAUGUCCUCCCAGAGGACACCCGGGAAGACUAUAUCUGUUAUGCCAGAUUUAAUCAUACUCAAACCAUACAGCAGAAGCAACCAAUUUCUGUAAAAGUGAUUUCAGCUAAAUCAAGUAGAGAGAGGCCACCAACAUUUUUAACUCCGGAAGGCAAUGCAAGUAACAAAGAGGAAUUAAGAGGAAAUGUGCUUUCGCUAGAGUGCAUUGCAGAAGGACUGCCUACCCCAAUUAUUUACUGGAUAAAAGAAGAUGGAAUACUACCCAUCAACCGGACAUUUUAUAAGAACUUUAAGAAAACUUUGCAGAUCAUUCAUGUUUCAGAAGCAGAUUCUGGAAAUUACCAAUGUAUAGCAAAAAAUGCAUUAGGAGCCAUCCAUCAUACCAUUUCUGUUACAGUUAAAGCGGCUCCAUACUGGAUCAUGGCACCUCAAAAUCUUGUGCUGUCACCAGGAGAGGAUGGGACCCUGAUCUGCAGAGCUAAUGGCAAACCCAAACCCAGAAUUAGCUGGUUAACGAAUGGAGUCCCAGUAGAAAUUGCCCCUGAUGACCCCAGCAGAAAAAUAGAUGGUGAUACCAUCAUUUUUUCAAAUGUUCAAGAAAGAUCAAGUGCAGUAUAUCAGUGCAAUGCCUCUAAUGAAUAUGGAUAUUUACUGGCAAAUGCAUUUGUCAACGUGCUGGCUGAGCCACCACGAAUCCUCACACCUACACAUACACUCUACCAGGUCAUUGCAAACAGGCCUGCUUUACUAGACUGUGCCUUCUUUGGGUCUCCCCUCCCAACCAUAGAGUGGUUUAAAGGAGCUAAAGGAAGUGCUCUUCAUGAAGAUAUUUAUGUUUUACAUGAAAAUGGAACUUUGGAAAUUCCUGUGGCCCAAAAAGACAGUACGGGAACUUAUACAUGUGUUGCAAGGAAUAAAUUAGGAAUGGCAAAGAAUGAAGUUCACUUAGAAAUCAAAGAUCCAACAAGGAUCAUUAAACAGCCUGAAUAUGCAGUUGUGCAAAGAGGGAACACAGUGUCCUUUGAAUGCGAAGUGAAACACGAUCAUACUUUAAUACCCACCGUCAUAUGGCUGAAGGACAACAGUGAGCUGCCCAGUGAUGAAAGGUUCACCAUCGACAAGGAUCAUUUGGUGAUAGCAGAUGUCAGUGACGAUGACAGUGGGACCUACACGUGUGUGGCCAACACCACUCUGGACAACGUUUCUGCCAGUGCUGUCCUUAGCGUUGUUGCUCCUACUCCAACUCCAGCUCCUGUUUACGAUGUCCCAAAUCCUCCCUUUGAUUUAGAAUUGACAAAUCCACUCGACAAAAGUGUUCAGCUGUCAUGGACCCCAGGCGAUGACAACAAUAGUCCUAUUACAAAAUUCAUCAUUGAAUAUGAAGAUACAAUGCAUGAGGCAGGCCUAUGGCACCACCAUGCUGAAGUUUCUGGAACGCAGACCACAGCCCAGCUGAAGCUGUCUCCUUAUGUGAACUACUCCUUCCGAGUGAUGGCAGAAAACAGCAUUGGGAGGAGCUUGCCCAGCGAGGCAUCUGAGCAGUAUUUGACGAAAGCCGCAGAACCAGACAAAAACCCCACGGCUGUGGAAGGACUAGGAUCAGAGCCUGAUAAUUUGGUGAUUACAUGGAAGCCCUUGAAUGGCUUUGAAUCUAAUGGGCCAGGCCUUCAGUACAAAGUAAGCUGGCGUCAGAAAGAUGGUGAUGAUGAAUGGACAUCUGUGGUUGUGGCAAAUGUAUCCAAAUACAUUGUCUCAGGCACGCCAACCUUUGUCCCAUACCUGAUCAAAGUUCAGGCCCUGAAUGACGUGGGGUUUGCCCCUGAGCCAGCUGUUGUCAUGGGACAUUCUGGAGAAGAUCUCCCGAUGGUGGCUCCUGGGAACGUGCGUGUGACUGUGGUGAACAGCACCUUAGCCGAGGUGCACUGGGACCCGGUGCCUCUGAAAAGUAUCCGAGGACAUCUGCAAGGCUAUCGGAUUUACUACUGGAAGGCACAAAGUCCAUCUAAAAGAAACAGACGUCACAUUGAGAAAAAGAUCCUCACCUUCCAAGGCAGCAAGACUCACGGCAUGUUGCCUGGGCUAGAGCCCUUUAGCCACUACACGCUGAACGUCCGAGUGGUCAAUGGGAAGGGGGAGGGCCCCGCCAGCGCCGACCAAGUCUUUAAUACUCCAGAAGGAGUCCCCAGUGCUCCUUCGUCUUUGAAGAUUGUUAAUCCUACACUGGACUCCCUCACUUUGGAAUGGGAUCCACCGAGCCACCCAAAUGGCAUUUUGACUGAGUACACCCUAAAAUAUCAGCCAAUUAACAGUACACAUGAAUUAGGACCUCUGGUAGAUUUAAAAAUUCCUGCCAACAAGACACGAUGGACUUUAAAAAAUUUAAAUUUCAGCACUCGGUAUAAGUUUUAUUUCUAUGCACAAACAUCAGCAGGAUCAGGAAGUCAAAUUACAGAGGAAGCAGUAACAACUGUGGAUGAAGCUGGUAUUCCUCCACCUGAUGUAGGUGCAGGCAAAGCCAUGGCAAGCCGGCAGGUGGACAUUGCGACUCAGGGCUGGUUCAUCGGUCUCAUGUGUGCCGUUGCUCUCCUUAUCUUGAUUUUGCUGAUUGUUUGCUUUAUCAGAAGAAACAAGGGUGGUAAAUAUCCAGUUAAAGAAAAGGAAGAUGCCCGUGCCGAUCCUGAGAUCCAGCCUAUGAAGGAAGACGACGGAACUUUUGGAGAAUACAGUGACGCAGAAGACCACAAGCCUUUGAAAAAAGGAAGUCGGACUCCUUCAGACAGGACUGUGAAAAAAGAAGAUAGUGAUGACAGCCUAGUUGACUAUGGAGAAGGGGUUAAUGGCCAGUUCAAUGAGGAUGGCUCCUUUAUUGGACAAUACAGUGGUAAGAAAGAGAAAGAACCUGCUGAAGGAAAUGAAAGCUCAGAGGCACCCUCUCCUGUCAACGCCAUGAAUUCCUUUGUUUAAUUUUUAAGCUCUUUGCCAGUAUCCCAUUUCUCUAGAAUGUUUAUCUUAAGCACUUGGGUGUCAGUCCUCUCAUACUAUGAACAUAUGGGGAGAGAGUAUAUUUUCUGCCGUAUGUUAAUAUUAUGAGAACAGUCGGAGCAAAAACAUAACCCAGUCAGAUGAUAUGUUAAUGUGAACUGGAGUGCAAAGUGCAGCCUUUUCCAUUCAAGAUGGGUAUUUUGAUUUCCUCAGAACUGAUAAAAAUCCUGCAAUAUCAACAACAGAUCAUGCUACUUCCUCUUCAGGAUACAGUUCAAUAUGAUGCAUGAAAAAUGCUACACAUUUAAAGGACAUACCUGUGUAUGUUAUAAAAACAUGGUUUGAUACUUUGUUUAUACUAUCCUCAGCUGAACCCCUGAAUAUGAAUUCCGUUUUCAUUGUCAAGAGUGUUACUGUAGUAUUCUCUAGAACUCCAAUGUCUUUGUGGACAUUGUUGUGAAAUUGGUGACUCUAUGUCUAGCUGUCGUUAGUCUUUUUGGGAGACUGUUAGGAACAGUAUGUACAGUAUAUACUUGCUACAUGAGUUAAUUAUGACAGUCGCAUUCGCUGAUGCUUACUGAGACUCUGUUACCUGCUCUUGGCUCCUGUUACUUCGUAGGCUCCUUAAUCUUCCAGGUAUUACAGCAGCACAGUGUUCUACUUCUCAUCACUUCUAUGUUCAGUUGUUUUUAGGCAUAAACAAUGUGUAUUGCAAUGCAUUUCGGCAUUUGUGCCAUACUGAAAGAAUCGAAAAAAAUCACUCAGAUUAAGUUUCAAAAAUUACUCCAGAGAACACAGGGCAAGACACAAGCGGUGCCUUCAGACGAUAAGCAUUCCAUACAUCCUGCAUUCUGUGCCAGCUGGUACAGUCAGUUCCGAGUCCUAGAUUACUGUCAUUGUCUACAAGUAACUUUUAAAAAGCAGAGUUAAUGAAAACUGCCAUGCUGAGAAGAAAGGAAAUGUGGAAAUAAAAAUCAUAAGACAGUUUAUUUUAAAGAGCAUUUCCUUAUAAGUAUAAAAAGAAAAGCUUUGUCAUCAACCGGAGCACAAAAUGAUUUUUGUGGUCCUUUUUGCUUUCUAUUACAUUUAGUAAGAAAGAUGUCAACAUGCUAGAACAAUAAUGAGAAAAACCAAACAAAUGAUUUCAAAACUAAAAGCAUCCAACAGCAUGUCAACAGGGAUAUAUCAUUCUCUCAGACUUUACCUAUGUGAGCUUUCGAAACUCUCUGCAGCACUAAGCAAGGUGUAUGUACACAAAUUGCUUCAGACACAUCUCAGACUCUAAGAAAUCUGACAAGUGCUUCACAGGCCAAUAGUCAAAGGGAUUACAUCUUCAAUUUAAAAACUAAAUAUAUAUAUAUUCUAUCAUAUUCACAAACAAUAUCUAUCCAGUGGUUUACCUCCAAAUAUGAAAAUCUAUAACAACCUAUGGUUGAAGGGAUGCUCAGUUUCAUUUGCCAAUAAAUUGGUUUCUCAUAACUUGCAUCAAGUUUAAUUUUAAGUAAAGCUUUUUAUAUGUAGAUAUUUUGUUGAAUUUGUAAAUACACUUAAAGUGUAGAUGCUAUAUGCUUAUAGGAGUUACAUACAAAUAAACAUGCAAACAAUGUUUAUGUUGUACUGUAUAAGAAGUAAGCUAAUUAAUGCAGUGCAUGGGAUUGGAAAGUAUCUACUUCAAUAACUUUUGGGUUCCCCCCUCCCUUUUUGCUGUGAAACUGAAAUAGUGGACUUUUCUACAUAUUGACAGCAGGUUUCUAGAUGAAAUCUUCAGAGCUUUGCCUAUGCAGCACAGCAGGCCUCGUCACCUGUCAUCUUUCACAUAAGUAGGUAAAGCAUAGUUUGAAGUAAUCCCAGGUAAAGGUGGCCCUAAAUACUUUCAUGUCUCUGUAUUCACUUUUCACAGAUCAACCUGUCUAUUGGAAAUAUAAAAAGACAAAACAGGCUUGCCUUGGCAUCAGAGAGCACAAAGAUAAAAGUUACUUUAAAUUUGCCAAUGUUUUGGGAGAACAAUAAAAACACAGUUGUUCCCUCUUCCAUUCCGGUAGACGCUAAAUUUAUCUGUGCAUGAAGGGGUCACUUCUGUAAUAGUGCAACAGAUUUUGUAUUAAAAAUUAAAUGUGGUUUUAAAAGUCCCUCUCUCUCUUUUGUAAUUUAUCAUUUUCCUAGUGGAGUGUGAAUAUCCAAGUAUUGGUAUAUGUAAUGGUGCAGGCAAAUGUGAUUGGAUUUCCAUCAAAAAAGUAACGAUUAAACCAUCUUGAUCUC